AUGAAGGAUGCUUCCAAUGGCUACGGCCCUGUGCCGAUGCUGACUUCAUGGCACGUCGAGUCGCAUGUCCAUUUAAUUAUUGGGGCCAACCCCCUGGCUGCCUCUCGAUGCGCCAAAAGUCUCGAGGCUGGCGCAAAGCCUCUUCUCAUCGCGCCAGAGGCUACAGACUUGCAUUACACACUCUCUGAACACAUCUCCCAAGGGAAGAUCCAAUGGAUUCGUCGUGACUUUGUCGAUGACGAUCUGUCCACAUUGGGUCGAGAGGAAGUAGAUCGCGUGGUGGACGCGGUCUUUGUGACUUUGGGCGCUAGUCACCCGCUAAGCGAAAAUAUUUCACGGCUCUGUCGACGUCUUCGCAUUCCGGUUAACGUAUCAGACGCUCCGGAUUUGUGUUCCUUCUCACUGCUAUCCACUUACACUGACGGUCCGUUGCACAUCGGCAUAACCACAUCUGGGCGUGGAUGCAAACUUGCGUCACGCCUUCGAAGAGAAAUCUCCGCAUUUUUGCCAGCCAAUCUGGGCUCGGCCAUUGACCGACUUGGGAGCGUUCGUCGGAGACUGUGGGAGGAAGAUCACGACGACGGGUUCGGCGAAGCGAAUGUGGAUGGCGAUGAUGACGACGCUUUGGGACAAAAGCACACAUUCAAUUCGCUCGUCACUGAGCAUGAUACAUCUGCCGCCAAGACGAGGAGGAUGCGAUGGCUGUCACAAAUAUGCGAAUAUUGGCCGCUUCGGAAACUGGCCUCAAUUACUGACGAUGACAUCGAGACCAUUCUUCAAGCGUACUCGGCCGACAAAACCCCCACACAUGAACAUCCAGUGACCAACGGCGCGCUUGGUACAAAUGGGGUAUGCAAGCGAGGAAAGAUCGUUCUGGCGGGUUCAGGACCCGGUCACCCAGAUCUGCUCACACGAGCCACGUACAAUGCUAUUCAAUCUGCCGACAUCAUCCUCGCCGAUAAACUCGUGCCCGCACCAGUCUUGGAAUUGAUUCCUCGCAGGACAGAGGUCCAUAUCGCGCGCAAGUUCCCCGGUAACGCGGACCAGGCCCAAGAAGAAUUGUUGCAGAUGGGCAUCGCGGCCUUGCGAAAGGGACAGCAAGUCCUGCGCCUGAAGCAGGGCGAUCCCUACCUCUAUGGUCGUGGUGCGGAGGAGUUUGAGUUCUUCCGUGCGGAGGGUUAUACGCCCGUCGUGUUGCCCGGUAUCACUAGCGCUAUGAGUGCGUCGCUGUUCGCCGAUAUUCCGGCCACUCAUCGUGGUGUCUCCGACCAAGUCCUGAUCUGCACGGGAACUGGCCGUAAGGGUGCUGCGCCUGAACCGCCGGCAUUUGUACCAACCCAGACCGUUGUCUUCUUGAUGGCACUUCACCGGCUCUCGGCCUUGGUGGAGUCUCUGACCACCCACUUGCCCGAGGACACUUCCCGCUCUCGCCCUCUUUGGCCCAAGGAGACACCCUGCGCAAUUGUGGAGCGCGCAUCAUGCCCUGAUCAGCGUGUGGUUCGGUCUACGCUGGAGCAUAUCGCCCUGGCGUUCGAAGAGGCGGGGUCUCGACCACCUGGCUUGCUUGUCGUCGGCGCCAGCUGCCACGUCCUUCAUCGACCUGCCCACGGCCAAAAGUGGGUCAUUGAAGAAGGCUUCCACGGACUGGAUGGACUCCAGCUGGAGAAUGAUGCUGCCAUUUCCGCAAUUGCAGCGCAAUGA